AUGUAUCUAUCUAUGCUCAUUUUCUUUCUAUCUAUCUUUGUUCAUAUCUAUCUAUCUCAGUCUUUUCAUAUCUAUCUAUCUAUCUAUCUAUCUAUCUAUCUAUCUAUCUAUCUAUCUAUCUAUCUCAGUCUGUUCCUAUGUAUCUAUCUUUAUAUAUUGUUUUUAUUUCUGUCUAUCUAUCUAUCUUCUAUGCCUCAGUUUCUAUCUAUCUAUCUAUCUAUCUAUCUAUCUAUCUAUGCUCAUUUUCUUUCUAUCUAUCUUUCUUCAUAUCUAUCUAUCUUAGUCUUUUCAUAUCUAUCUAUCUAUCUAUCUAUCUAUCUAUCUAUCUAUCUAUCUAUCUCCGUCUGUUCCUAUGUAUCCUUCUAUAUCUGUCUGUACAUACCAACCUGUUUCAUCUGGUCUAUAUCUAUCUGUCUGUCUACCUAUCUAUCUCAGAUUGUUUUAUUUCUAUCUAUCUAUCUAUCUAUCUAUCUAUCUAUCUAUCUAUCUAUCUCAUCUGUUAAUAUCUAUCUAUCUCAGUCUUUUCAUAUCUAUCUAUCUAUCUAUCUAUCUAUCUAUCUAUCUAUCUAUCUAUCUAUCUAUGCUCAUUUUCUAUCUAUCUAUCUAUCUAUCUAUCUAUCUAUCUAUCUCUCUAUCUCCGUCUGUUCCUAUGUAUCUAUCUAUAUCUGUCUGUACAUACCAACCUGUUUCAUCUGGUCUAUAUCUAUCUGUCUGUCUACCUAUCUAUCUCAGAUUGUUUUAUUUCUAUCUAUCUAUCUAUCUAUCUAUCUAUCUAUCUAUCUAUCUAUCUAUCUAUCUAUCUAUCUCAUCUUUUCAUAUCUAUCUAUCUAUCUAUCUAUCUAUCUAUGCUCAUUUUCUAUCUAUCUAUCCAUCUAUCUAUCUAUCUAUCUAUCUAUCUAUCUAUCUAUGUCUAUUGUUUUCUAUCUAUCUAUCUAUCUAUCUAUCUAUCUAUCUAUGCUCAUUUUCUUUCUAUCAGUCUUUUCAUAUCUAUCUAUCUAUCUAUCUAUCUAUCUAUCUAUCUAUUUAUCUAUCUAUCUCAGUCUGUUCCUAUGUAUCUAUCUAUAUCUGUCUGUACCUACCUGUUUCAGUAGGUCUAUAUCUAUCUACGGAUCUAUCUUAGAUUGUUUUAUUUCUAUCUAUCUAUCUAUAUAUGCUCAUAUUCUUUCUAUCUAUCAUAGUCUGUUAAUAUCUAUCUAUCUCAGUCUUUUCAUUAUCUAUCUGUCUAUCUAUCUAUCUAUCUAUCUAUCUAUCUAUCCAUCUAUCUAUCUAUCUAUCUAUCUAUCUAUCUAUCUAUCUAUCUAUCUCUGUCUGUACAUACCUACCUGUUUCAAUUGGUCUAUAUCUAUCUGCCUAUCUCAGAUUGUUUUCUUUCUAUCUAUCUAUCUAUCUAUCUAUCUAUCUAUCUAUCUAUCUAUGCUCAUAUUCUUUCUAUCUAUCUAUCUUAGUCUGUUUAUAUCUAUCUCAGUCUUUUCAUAUCUAUCUAUCUAUCUAUCUAUCUAUCUAUCUAUCUAUCUAUCUAUCUAUACUCAUUUUCUAUCUAUCUAUCUAUCUAUCUAUCUAUCUAUCUAUCUAUCUAUCUAUCUAUACUCAUUUUCUAUCUAUCUAUCUAUCUAUCUAUCUAUCUAUCUAUACUCAUUUUCUAUCUAUCUAUCUAUCUAUCUAUCUAUCUAUCUAUCUAUGCUCAUAUUCUUUCUAUCUAUCUAUCUUAGUCUGUUAAUAUCUAUCUAUCUCAGUCUUUUCAUAUCUAUCUAUCUAUCUAUCUAUCUAUCUAUCUAUACUCAUUUUCUAUCUAUCUAUCUAUCUAUCUAUCUAUCUAUCUAUACUCAUUUUCUAUCUAUCUAUCUAUCUAUCUAUCUAUCUAUCUAUCUAUCUAUCUAUCUAUCUAUCGUUUCCUCGAACACUCACUAUCCUAAACAUUUUGGGAUAAGUAGUCAUCUUUUCAUCCACCCACUCUUUCUUUCUUUCUUUCUUUCUUUCUUUCUUUCUCCAGCCUGUUGCCUAGUAUGCUGA